UCCGGGGCUAGGCCCAGGUUCUAUCGCGUAUUAAAACGCCUUCUCGUACAACCCGUUUCGUUGCUUCGUGAUCGCGGAUUAGUCCGAUUGAAAAUCUCGUCAGAAUUAGCCUACAUCCGGUGGUGGUGGAUGGUGAAAACAGCUUGGUGGCCAGUUCAUUGGCGAAACUAAUCGAAAAGUGGGGACCAAAAAAAAUCGGCUUAUUUUGGCUUACGUAAGUGAGGCCUGAUUCGGAUUUUUUGCAAAGCAAAACAAAUACAGAUCCGCGAUUUGGCGCGCAUGCCCACGGUGGUGGACGGGUGGAUUUUAUUUUGGUUCCAUACCGAAACACGCGUCUCGGUGCCGUAUUGUGAUAUGUUCUCCAUUGUUGUUGGUCAGAUUUUGUAGGAAUUAGAAGGAGACGAGACGAGAGAGAUGUCCAAGAAGCAACCGGUGCGUACGCUGAGCGAGAUCGCGCUGGCCGAGCUGGCCGGUACGAUUGUCGGUGCGAUCGGGACCAUGGUACAGACGUGCUACGCAUUCGGUAUCCCACCGGACUAUGGGCUGCUGACGAUCGCGAUCAAUUCGUACCUCGAGAGUAUGGGUGCGACGAGCAACAUCUACGACGAUCUGCUGCGUGUGAUCCUCUGCUCGGAUUCGCUCGAGGCGUCGAUGCGUUUCUGCUGCCUGCAGAUGCUACUGAACGAGGGUGUCCAGGGACUGGUGACCGAUAUUUUUCCGGUGGCGUACUACGAGCAAAUCCUGAAGGUGAUUGCGGCCCGCGGUCGCGGAUUGCGUCGUCUCAACAUGAAGGGCGUUUGGGUGAAGGAGGAGAGCAUGUGCUACAUGUACGAGAUCGUGAAGCGGUUGCCACGCCUUACGAAGCUCACGAUACCGCACAUCGCUACCGAUGACCUGCUGAAGCACAUCGCUGACUACAGCAAGUGUAUGCGGCAGCUCGACAUUAGCGGUGAGACGGACAUCACCGAGAUUGGCAUCGAGUAUUUGUGCUACGGGGAGUGCCGGGAGACGCUAACGUACGUGGACAUUGGAUCGUUGGGUGAUGAGAACAUUUGCCACAUGGACGUCGCGCUGUUACUGCAGCAUCUACCGAAUUUGGCCACCCUGCAAUCCUAUUCGUACGUUGGACGUAGUUUGCUGCACAUUCUCGAGGAGAAAGAUGCGGGUUUCCGGUGUAAGCUCGCGUAUCUGCACGAUACGCAAACGAACGGCAAAGUGAUGGACGCCAUUGUGCGCUGUUGUCCCAAGCUGGAGGACAUCUAUCUAGAUUCGCCCGAGGUGGGUGUUUUGGAGAAGCUGGCCAACGUGCAGUUGCGUCGGCUUAAGCUGCACAAGUUCAACUGCUACGAGCUGACGACCCUGCUGGAGACGAUCGGCAAUGGGCUGUAUCAUCUGACGGUCAUCAAGGGCUACGGACCGCUGGAAGUUAAUCGGCUUGUACGAUGCUGUCCCGAUUUGAUCGAUCUCGACCUCUACAUGAUGGACUCGCUCACGUUCAGUGGUGAUCGCAGUUUCGCCAAUCUGCAGGGGCUGGAAAUACUGCACAGUCCAAUCCAGAAGCCGAGUUUGAGGAGCUUCCUCUGUAAAACGACCUCCCUGAAGCGACUUGCCAUCGAUUCGGUUAGUUUCAGUGAUGAGGAUAUCAGUCAGAUGGUGAUCGAGCAAGACUUUUAUCAGCUCGAGGAUGUGUGGUUCACCUCAGCGCCCUACCUGUCUAUGGCGUCCGUGGAGAUUCUGAUGGAUCGCUGUCCGGAGUUGCAGAGCGUCGGGCAGCUGAGUGGAUGGGCCCUCUCGCCGGACGAUGUGACGCUGCUUCGGGGGAUUCUCAAAAGCUGCAAUGCCUCACUGAUUAUACAAUCCCUGUGACGGAAGUGUGAUGGAACUCCUUGUUUACUGCAUUCGAGUCUGCGAAACCGAGUCCACGAAGCGAUGCGCCGUAACAUGUUGCGUUAAUUCAAUAAAUGAUCCCAACGAACUGUA